CUGUUCACAAACCUUGAUCGAUGUGUAACUGCAAUUAUCUUAUCAUUGACUCUGAUGAUUCAUCAAAGAUAUAAUUCUGCAAUCUGAUUAUUCUAGCCUCUAUGUCCCAAGCAUUUUUUGGCCUCAGUAAGAACUCCCUAUACUUUAACAGACCUACAUCUAUAUUCCGUAGUUCUAAGCCUGUGACCCAAAGCUCUUGAGAAGUUGAAAAUAUCGUGCAAAGAACUUGAGAAGGCAAACGAGACGAGGGGCACGAGGCACGUGAAUUUUUCUGCAGUCUGCUGCAGCCUGCAGUUCUCCCGAUUUCCGAGCGUUUCGUGAUGGCUGGCCGGGGAACUCGUGGUAGCCAGUCCAUGACCAACCUUUCGGAGCCCAAAAAAAGCAAUCGUGGUGCGGCUAACGCCAGAAGUCGAGGUCGUGGCCGAGGAGACAGUCGGGGUCGUGGCAAAGGAGGGAACAAUCCUACACCUCGUGAGGAUCAUGCCAGAUAUCAGGAAACUCCUUCCAAUUAUCCAAGACCUCUGCUUGAAUCACCUUUAAGUGGCCCACCUCCUUAUCAUGGUGAUCACUAUGGCUCGCCUGAUCAUGGCCCUCAGCAAAACUAUUACUCUCGCCCUAACGCACCUCCCAACUACCACCCAAAUGCACCUACCAACUAUCAUCCCAAUGGACCUCCCAACCAUCACCCUAACGCACCUCCCAACUAUCACCCAAAUGCACCUACCAACUAUCAUCCCAAUGGACCUCCCAACCAUCACCCUAAUGCACCUCCCAACUAUCACCAUAACGCACCUCCUAAUUAUCACCCUAACGCACCUCCCAACUAUCACCCUAACGCACCUCCCAACUAUCACCCUAACGCACCUCCUAACUACCACUCGAAUGCACCUCCUAGCCAUCACCCUAACGUACCUUCCAACUAUCCCUCUAGUGAACCAAACUACCCUCAUUCUAAUGGACCUCCUCACCCGCAUCACGACACAAAUGCUCCACACAGCCGCUCCCAUCCUCGCGGUGAACCAAGAGCUAAAGAUGACCCAGACUCCCGGAGUAAAAAUAGUGCUGCACCGCGUCUUGAAAUAAAAGAACUUAUCCAUGCUCUCAUGCAAGCUCCUCAUCAACGACUCUCGUCUAAAACAAUUCUAAACAAAUUUAAAUGCUCAGAGCACGCUCUGCAAACUGUUGGUUCUAUGAACAAGACUUUACUAUCAGUUACCGUGAACUCAGAUGGUACGUUUGUUGAGCUUCUUCCAAACAUUGCGAUCUGUGAUGACUAUUUAGGAGAGAAGGGCUGCAUGGCAUCCGAUAGCUGCAAGAAGUUUCACAUUUGCAAAAAUUUUGCUUCUGGUGAUUGUCAAGAAAGCACUGAAUGCGAAUUAGGCCAUGUUUGGAAGAGUAACCACAAUAAGAAAAUUUUCCAAAUACAUCAACUCGACAGCUUUGAUGAGGCUCAGCUGAAGAAUGUGAUGAAGAAAGUCUAUCUCCGGCGACUUGGCAUUUCCGUCUGUAAGUAUUAUAACGAUGCAGUGUGCAGCAAUGGUCAGCAGUGUAAUGCUUUGCAUGUUUGCAAGAAUAUGGUGGAAGUUGGAAGCAAAUGCGAAAGUGAAAUUUGUGCUCUCAAUCAUGAUAUUCUGGAAGCUAAAUGCAAGUCCUUACUCACUGCGGCUGGAAUUGAUAUCAACGACAGCAAGAGAGACAUUUUGACAAAAGUUAGGAAGAUGCUCCAACAGACCAGUGACGAUGCCAAGUCCAAAGCUGAUGACGCAGACAAGAAGAAUAAGAAAACAGGAAGUAAAUUGGAUUGUUUCCAAUCCUUGGAGGAGCAAGAGACUGCUGCUUUCAGUGUCGUGAAAUCCUUGCUGUCCACAUUCAAUUACUGGAAUUUCUUGGACAAACUUAGUGAAAGACUUGAAAUGAGCUCCGACAAAUCCCUGCAGCUAAUCCAGUUCUACAACAGGACUUUCUUGAUACACCAUAGCAAUGCAGGAACACUGGUGAAGUUGCAACCGAAGAUUGAUUUGUGUGUCCAUUACAAGUCAUCGCAAAAAUGUGUUGCUGGCAAGAACUGUUCGUUCUUGCACUUAUGCUCAGCCUUCAUGGAAGAUAAUUGCUCCAACGAGGGCUGCACCAGAUUGCAUCGUCUGAAUAAAAGUCCCAAUGAGGAGAUCCUGAAACGUCAUUUCUUGAUCAACAUUCCUGAGAAAUUAGUGAUCAAUUAUUUGAAAGUGAGGUUCCAACUGGGUCGCCUUCCGUACGUUUGUUUCCCGUAUAAUGAAGGGAAUUGUACUCAAUCAAAUUGUGGUCAACUACACGUUUGCUAUGAUGUCCUGUUUACACUGAAAGCUUGCUAUAAGCGCAACUGCGAUAAAAACCACGACAUUUUGAGCGACGGAAAUCGAAAAGUUUUAGCAGCCUGGGCACAAAUAGGUGACAGUGUACUGAAAACUGUGCUAUCAGCGAGAAUUUCUACAAUGCCUAAAAGCACGACCGCGACCGAGCCUGCAACAAACGCAAGACGAAAAGAGAAAAUUGUGCCUCCAAAACCUGCGAAACUCCCAGUAAAAAAAAGUAAGAAUGAGCCAGGAAAUGAAAAAAGCGAUGCCAUUGUUGCUAAAACGUCCUACCAAUUGGACGGAAAUGCUAUUGUACCCGAAAUAUGUUUGGACCACUUGAACGAUUCCUGCAAACCUGCAACUGCCAUGUGCCCUAAGCUGCACGCACGAGUCGCGUAUCAUUGGCAGUUUGAUCUAAAUGGAUCUUGGACAAACUUCAUUUUCCCACACUCCAACCACAUUGAAGAAUGCUACCGUGAUGCUGCCCGUGACACAGCUAACCUACAGUCGCGAGAGUAUGGUAGAACUCUCCAAGAUAAAAUAUUGCUUUCUUUCAUGAAAGAUGAUGGACUGAUGAUUGACUUUGACUCAAUGAUGCUGAUCACUAAGCUACAAAGCUUUCCGGUGCGCCGUCUAGGAACGUCUUCUACUUCCUUCAGUUCGAACAACUUCUCGACCGUCUACGGAUGGUACUUUCAAGACAAGAAUGGUGCUUGGAUCGAGUACGGAUUGUGUGAUAGUACCGGCUCCGAGAAUCACUCGUCUCUUCUGACAUCGAUGGACAUAGAAAAAGCUUACAGUACUGAUCCUUCCACUCUUCAAAUCCCAACAUCGCGCUUCACCUACACUUUAAACUUUAAAAAUAUGACUCAGACUAACAACCAAACGAAUGUCACACGUUCCGUACGCCGACGCCCGAAGCAUGUUCUCAUGGAGAAGCUGAAACCGUCGGAUCCUUAUGGUCUGAAGAGCUCUCUGACUGAGGGCAUUGCAAAGCUUAAACUUGCUACGAAUUCGAAGGACAAUGCAUCUCGACCUCCAUCUAAGAACGAGAAGGACAGCGCCGAUGGUUUGUAUCCUCCUUUUUGGGAAAAAAUGGACGGAGAUGGCCCCAAAUUUUUCAGCGUUGAUCCAAAUUCAGAGGAAGGGCUAGAAGUCGUCCGAAGUAUUUUGCUAUCCAUGCCUGCUGUCGAGGUUUUACGGAUUCGCCGCCUCCAAAAUACGUUCCACUAUCAAGGCUUCACAAAUCGCAUGAAUCAAGUGAAGGCUACCACCAGGAAGACUAUUCUGAACAUCCAGCGUUUGUUCCACGGAACUAGGGAGAAGCAUUUGACUGCGAUCAGUGAAAUGAACUUCGAGUGGAGGCAGGACUGUGCUGAUUCUGGAAAGAAAUUUGGACGAGGCGCCUAUUUUUUCAACAAUGCUGCCCUAGCUCAUCAGUUCGCGUCAAACCUAGCAGGAGAAGACUCUCGCAGUGCCGUGGUGCUUGCAGUCGCCGACGUGUAUGUAGGCAACGUAGCGCUCGGUGACCCAAGCAUGUUACGCCCUCCUCUCAACGCAUCAGGCAUCAUGACUGACACGACUGUGGACAACCUCACCGUACCGUCCAUAUUUGUCAAGUACAACAGUCGCGAGUACUGCCCCCACUACUUCAUCAACGUUAAAAUUUAAUGCGAAAACUUCGAACUGAUAGGGACGGCUGAUAAUAGUGACAUUGAUGAAUGACGGUCUUGUUAGCCCGCUGCAAAUUAUAAAAGUAAAACAUUUAUUCUGAGUAAGGCUCAGAAACUGUAAGCACUUUUGGCUAGCUGUUUUUUAUCUUCGCAGUAUCAGUUACGGAGUAUUUUAUCAUCGGAGUAUUAGUUGCAUUAGACAGCUAAACCAGCCAUAUUUCCGCUAUGAGGUACGUAGGAAAAAUGAGAUCGUACGUAGGCCCUUCUUAUUUUGCGACGACUUGACCCAUCAGGAUUUCACACAGUCUGAUUAUAAAGAAACAAUUUUGAAGCUUUCUUUCUAUUUUGCUUCUUUCUGAGAGCUAAUCAUUAUAUGGAGCUUCUCUUCAUAUCCUGGCCUUUUUUAUAAGUCGCGCUGUUUUGCUCCAAUUUUUGCAAGUUUGAGGCUGCUAUACAGGCUGGCGUCUAUGUUCAGAGUAAUGUUGACUCGAAUCGCAUCGGGUGCUGAUGUGCCAGAUGUACUUUGAAUAAGACCAUAGUCUCUUCAUUUUACCAUAGGUAAUAAAUGUUUAGAUAUGUUGUAAAAAUCGUGAUAUGAUCAAGUCUUUGAUUGGACAAUGCAUUCAUUAUAACAAUAUUGUUCAGCCUGAAAAUUUCUUCUUUUACUUCUGUUCAAUUUAGUUUAUUUAUUUUAUUUGAGGUCGCCAAACCUCAACUAUUCUUAGCUAAACUUUAUUCUCUAUUUCAGAUUUGGUUGCCUAUGGCUAGCGCCUGAUGUUUAUAAAAAUAUCAAUAAUCAUUGAUUAUUUUGAUUGAAAUAGAUGAGAAUAUUAAUUAGCUUUGCGCCACCUAGGUUGUCUUUCGUUGAGUGUAAUGUUAUUCAUAGAUUUGCCCAAGACAUGCUAUUGAGAUGGUGUACUGGAAUAUGAUGCUAUCAUGAUUCCGUGUAGGAUUAGUUCUCGACUAGUGCGUUAAUCGCAUACGCUGUUUGUGCCUUCUACGUGUGCCGUCGAUAUUAUCAGUAAUAUUAUUUUUCAAAUAUAUUCAUGUAUCGAUAUACUAGUGCUGUUAUAUCAAAGCACAUUUGCCUUUUCGGCAUUGAGGGACCCGCAGCUCGUGUAGCCGGGAUGAUGGUUUGUACGAGGUGUUCUCGACAGUGCUGUAUAAUUUCUAUCAAAUCUUAAAAAAAAUUUAUUUCAUAACUGUAAACUGACUCUACCUGGCACUCAGCUGAGAUGUAGAUUAUUCAGUAAAAAUCCAUAUGGACCAUUCAUUAUUCAACUAUCCAUAUGAACGAUUUGAAGAAACACAAGCUUGACUGUCAAGUAGAUGGAUUACGGUGUACAAGAUAAAGUUCUUAGAUUGGACAGGUUCUCUGCAAUAUCAUCGUGUUUUUUCAUAAAAUUCAGUGAAGUAACAAUUCCAGUCCGAUUGAAUUUUAUCUAGUGGUGAAAAUUCAUAAUGAUGCAAUCGCGCAUUGCAAUGUUUUUAUAGAAAGUAAGAGCAGUGAGAUACUUGUUACCGUCAUAACGUGUUAGUCAGCGAAUCAGUUAUUCAUAUGCCGACCAUAUCAACGUGGUGACGUUAAAUUCACUUCCGGAGACGCGCUUUGCCCAUCAAUUCUGACGGAUUGCCUUGACCCAAAAUACCUCGUUUGUUGGUCGACGGAUAUUUUUGGACUGUAGUUUGAUUUCUUACUGUUAUGUAUUAAAUUAGUAUUAAUAACUAUACUCGUUAUGGGCAAAAGGAUAUUUCUUAACAGCACAGCCACAUUUGUUUCUUAGUUACGUGCCUCGAUGUAGAUGGCCUUGAAAAGUUGAAACUCUUGUCUUGUUCAGAAGCGUACACUCAUGUAGAACAGGCUCCCACCUUUCGCACAAUUCUGACUGGAAACGUAGUAAUGAAUGUUUCGAGAAAACGCUUCAUGCGAUCCUCUGUAAUCCAGAUAUUCUGUUUAUUGUGUUUUUUUUUUUUUUUUAUUUGUGGGUUAUUGCUUAUGUUUCUUAGUUUUAUUCAUGGGUUAUUGCUUACGUUUCUUAGUUGAACUUGUAUUUUGACUGAAUAAAGACUUGUGUUUUGAUUCAAUGAAAA